AUGUACCGAGUCAAGUACCAAGUACCGCACAACGCUGCUUCACAGACAUCAUGUGCGGAGGAGCCACCGCAGCAGAAGCUGGCACCGGAAGAACCACCGCAGCAAAAGCUGGCACCGGAGGAACCACCGCAGCAAAAGCUGGCACCGGAGGAACCACCGCAGCAGAAGCUGGCACCGGAGGAACCACCGCAGCAGAAGCUGGUACCGGAGGAACCACCGCUGCAGAAGCUGGUACCGGAGGAACCACCGCAGCAGAAGCUGGCAUUGGAGCAACCACCACAGCAGAAGCUUGCACUGGAGCAACCACCGCAGCAGAAGCACAACCUUAACUACACCAAUAUUGACACACUUUUCGACGACGAGGGCCUCAAUGCGCCGCCAGCAAAGCAGACCAACUCGGCAAACAAAGGACAGCCGCAGACGCUCAAGAGCGAAGCGGGCAAUCCGGCCCGGAAAGAUCCCUUACAGCUCGCCCAGACGCUGACCAUGAAUCGGCAGCGCUUGAAACUUGAAGCCCAACGCAGCCGCCAGCGGUUUGCCAACAUGCUCUGCGGCGCGGCUGUCGUCUUAGUGAUCGUCUCCUUGCUGGCCAUAGUGGGUGCGUCCUUGUUCUCGAAGCACGCCGAUAGAGAUCUAAUGACCACCCAGGAACCGGCCUACAAUUUCAGCUCGGAGGACGAGGACAACGAGCCUCCCGAUGGUGGUUACGCACGUGCGAUGCGGGAAACGACCGAUGGAGACUCCUUCAGAGACACGGUUCAGAACGACGCGACAACUACUGGCACCUUCGAAGACAGCGAGAUCGUCCAGGUAGCGGAAGAUCAUAUAGGUGUUUCAAAGGGCUCACAACAAGCGCUCCAAGCAGCCGAAACCGUCAUAGCUGGAAGUUUGACCAUUGAUACCAGCACGGAGGUGGUAUCCGGUAGAAAUUCUACGUGGCAAUAA